CUGCAGUGAUAGGGGAGGGGGGAGCGGGCGCCAUCUUACCAGUUGGUGGAGGGGAAGGGAGCGGCCGGAGGGUGGUCGGCGGCGGCGGCGGCUGGCAGGUCUGAUCUAAGCACUAUGAAAAAGGAAGUGUAACAAUUCAUCAUGAUUGGAGGCCUGUUCAUUUAUAAUCAUAAGGGAGAGGUUCUAAUCUCUCGAGUCUACAGAGAUGACAUUGGGCGGAAUGCAGUGGAUGCCUUCCGGGUCAAUGUCAUCCAUGCACGGCAACAAGUGCGCUCACCUGUCACCAACAUUGCCCGAACAAGUUUCUUCCAUGUCAAGCGUUCCAACAUCUGGCUGGCUGCUGUCACCAAGCAAAAUGUUAAUGCUGCUAUGGUGUUUGAGUUCCUCUACAAGAUGUGCGAUGUGAUGACUGCCUACUUUGGAAAGAUCAGCGAAGAGAACAUCAAGAACAACUUUGUGCUCAUCUAUGAGCUUCUGGAUGAAAUCCUGGACUUUGGUUACCCUCAGAAUUCUGAAACAGGAGCACUGAAAACAUUCAUCACUCAGCAAGGAAUCAAGAGCCAGCACCAGACCAAGGAAGAGCAGUCUCAGAUUACUAGCCAGGUGACUGGACAGAUUGGUUGGAGGCGUGAAGGCAUCAAAUACCGUCGCAAUGAACUCUUCCUGGAUGUUCUGGAGAGUGUGAAUUUGCUCAUGUCGCCACAAGGUCAAGUAUUGAGCGCCCACGUGUCUGGCAGGGUGGUGAUGAAGAGCUACCUGAGUGGGAUGCCAGAGUGCAAGUUUGGGAUGAAUGACAAGAUUGUCAUUGAGAAACAAGGCAAAGGGACGGCAGAUGAAACGGGGAAGAGUGAAACAGGAAGCGGGAAGCAGUCCAUUGCUAUCGACGACUGCACCUUCCACCAGUGUGUCAGGCUCAGCAAGUUUGACUCGGAGAGAAGCAUCAGCUUCAUACCCCCAGAUGGAGAAUUUGAACUCAUGAGGUACAGAACCACUAAGGACAUUAUCCUGCCUUUUCGGGUGAUCCCACUGGUGCGGGAGGUGGGCCGCACCAAGCUGGAGGUGAAGGUGGUGAUCAAGUCUAACUUCAAGCCUUCUCUCUUGGCUCAGAAGAUAGAGGUGCGAAUCCCAACCCCUCUCAACACGAGUGGCGUACAGGUCAUCUGCAUGAAAGGGAAGGCAAAGUACAAGGCCAGCGAGAACGCCAUUGUCUGGAAAAUUAAGCGCAUGGCUGGCAUGAAGGAAUCACAGAUCAGUGCAGAGAUUGAACUGCUUCCAACCAACGACAAGAAGAAGUGGGCUCGGCCACCCAUCUCCAUGAACUUCGAGGUUCCCUUUGCGCCUUCCGGGCUGAAGGUGCGGUACCUGAAAGUCUUUGAGCCAAAGCUGAACUACAGUGACCACGAUGUGAUCAAAUGGGUGCGUUACAUCGGCAGGAGCGGGAUCUAUGAGACAAGAUGCUAGCCCUGCACAGCCAGCUGGCGACCCCUUUCCCAGCCGCCCUUGGUCUCAAAAUACAAUUGAAGAGCAUCAUCUCUCUGGCCCCUCUUCUGUGCUUAGGCUGGAAGCUGGACUCCUGCAGCUCCUCUCUGGAAAAAAAGAAAACAACACUAUUGUCUGCUUUGGUUUCAGUUACUUUUGGAGUUGCAGCUGAAGCCAGGUGCCUCUUCCUUCUGUCCCAGGGUAUAAAGGGGCCAGUCUAACCAUCAUCCCCUUGUGGUCAUUCUAGGGAACAUCCACCAUGUGAUAAUUACCCUCCUCUUCUGUUGUCACUACUUGCAUCAUAUCCUAGUAUUUUUGGAAGUUCUUGUGCAUACGUACUAUAGUAGCAUAGGCCUGAAAGACCAUAGACUGGACAAACCUUGAAUUAAUUCUGGCUCCCAUACUCGCUAUUGCUCUUGUGAUUGUUGCUAUGCAGCGAGAGUGGGGCUCACCGUUCCCCCUCCUCCACUGCCCUCUUUUCUCUUUGUGUUCUUGUGCAUUGUCCUUAUUUCGGAGCUCUGCUCCAGGAAGUUUGGGGACCAAAAAGGCGGAGGGUUGGCAUCUUCUCCUUGCUGGAAGCAGGGGUUAGCACAACACUUCAGAGCCUUAGAGUGUGAGGCCCUUGGAGCACUGAGUACAGCUGAUAGCAACAUCUUUUUCCCCACCCCAUGAAAAAGAAGGAACCUAGCAGCCACUUGAGGACAGACUGAUGGUAUGUUCUCUAGAAUUGGCCAGUAAAUCAUUCCUGCCUUUUGUCCUCUUCCUCCUUUCUUUUGCUCCACCAGCUCACCGUUUCUUCUCCCGAAAGCUUUUGGUUCAGUAGAAAUGUUGCUGCAACCUGCAGUCCUUUGCUUCUGAUAGUGUGGUCUCCCAUUUUGUACACUUGUGAUUUGUCCAGUUCUAAACCCAAUAAAGUAUGUAGAACC